GAAGCUGAAAGAACUUUGAAACUGAAACCAAAAUAUUGUCCAAAGCAGUUUCUAUUAAACAAAGAAAUAGAAAAAUUGCAAAUGGAAAAAGAACAAGCAGAUGAUGAAUUGGCAUACAAGGAAAAGCUUUUGCAGUUUGAGCAAAAUGAAAAUGCAAAAUUAAUUGAAAAUAUCAGCACCUUAAAGAAAACAAUUAUCCAACAUGAAACCCAGUUUAAAGAGAAAGUUUAUCAGGUUCAGUCUGACGCUUUAGUGAUUUCUCUGCAAAAAGAAAUUCAAGAUGUACAACUCAACUACAAGAAAACACAACGGGAAAUUGAAAUCUAUAAAGAAGAAUCUCGGAAGAAAUUGGAGUACGAAAGAAAGCUCAAUGAGAAAUUAAGGCAUAUUACUGGUUGAUGCUUACAAUAAUUGGUUGCCUACAACAAUGCACCUACAUUCAUCAUAUAAAUCAAUUAGACUCAGUGGAAAAACCAAUCACAAUACAAUUGAAAUGUAAUUACUAAAAUUAUUUUAAAAGGGCUUACACUUACUAUGUUGCUACAUUAGUUUCUAAUAGCAUCUAGUGUAGACUGGAUAAACUAGCAGAACUGACAUCAAGAACAUCAUGAAAUAAAAAUUAAUGAUUAUUCAAAUGUUUUACUGGAAGUAAUAACAUUCUGCUACAAGAUAGGUAACAUAAUUACUGCAGCAGGUAAUCAUAAAGAAAGUACAGGGGUUAGUAUAUAAAGUGGCUGAGAACCUAACUUUUUGUGGGGAACAGAAAGAAGCUUCUUUCUCUGUUCUUGUUUGGUCCCAACACAGUUCUGAUUGAGCUGGCACCGUAUGCAUAAUCAAAGACAUUCUAGCCUUGAUUAUCCAAUCUUUUUCAAGCAUUAUGUACUUUAGACUACAUUCUCCAAUAUUUUGUAUCUUAAAACAGUAA